UUGGUAUCACAUUUUUGCCUGUCGCCUUCGCUGUGCUCCGGUUUUUGGUUAACAUCUUUUUUUUUUCUCUCUUUUUACUUGCAUGGCCAAGACAACCUAUAAGCAGAAAAUGACAGGUAUAUUUUUGAAAUAUGUAUAAUUCUUUUCAUUGUCUGAGAUUUAAAGUGCUUAGACCAAGCGAAACCCGGAGGAGGAACCUCUUGUGGAGCACAAGAUAAGUAACCCCACAGAUAGUCCUCUGCAAAAUAAAACUAAUUGGAUCAAUCUGACUGUCCACUGAUUGACAAUUAGCGCUGUGAUUGCCCUCGAGAACUAUACUGUCCAAGAAAUAAAGUCUGCAUUAGAAUCGAUUGCACAAGAGCAGGGAUUUUUGACAAGAUUUUCUAUUUUCAACCUUUGCCAUCCCCGCUGCCUGCAAUAGGCACAAUCGCGCUAAAGGGUUGCAACAACCAAAUGUGCAAUACGAGUCUGUUUUUUUUUUUUUCUGACCCAGUGCCUUGCAUGGUCAAACACUAAGUGCACAUUUUAGUCAGCAUGCACAUGCAAAAAACAAGUCAUGCAUGGGUAUAUACAUUCGCAAUAUAUUUCCCUGUUAUCUGAGUGACUGCAAGUGUGAGACUCCGGUGUUUUCAUCUUUCUGCAGGACUGUUAUACUAUUUAUUCAGUUACUGUUAAGCCAAUGCAAGUUGUGUUUUUUUUCUUCUCAGUAUUGCACUUGAGAGUACCACUUACGCUUUAAUUGCAUUUGAGAACUACUGCUGGUGGUGUCACACACCGGUUGACUGCCUUUUUGGUCUGGAAACGUAAAGGAAUCAGCGGCAGCAGUGAGAUGUGUGGUCAGGUGAGAGAAAUGGUAAAUGCAGUCGAGGAUCUGAAAACUGUUGCAUGAGAGAACGGCCUCCACAAGUUAACACAGGGAUACUCCUGGUUUGUAUUUUUGGGUCGUAAUUAUCAUUUCCGAGACUCUCCACUGGGCCGUUUCAGACCUGAAAUACAGGAUUUCUCCGCCGACUAUGGCGGACAGGACUGAGUGCAGCACGGAGGACAGAUCUUGGGACAUUUUUUGUGUCGCAGAAGAGGCUACAUGAGGUUGUCAGAGGGCCGCACGCUUGCCUUUUUUGCCGACUCCACCUUCCCACCUCCUCCUGUUCAAAUCUGUGAAGAAACAAAAUCUCCGACAGGGGAGGGGGACUGAUAUCUGCAGAGAGGAAUAAACCGAGAGGGAGAACUGUGAGGGAAAGAGUUCAACAUUGCUCUCUUCUCCCCUACCGUCCCCCAAGCGGUGGGGGAACGAUCAGAAGCGUUUCUUAAAGGGAUAAGGAGACGCAAAUAAAGGAAAUACGUUUGCCCUCCGUGGAUCUACAGCAUUUUUUUUUUAAUUCGUCAAAAAUAUGGCCGAUAAUGUCCUGGAGUCCGGCCCGCCUUCAGCCAAGAGGCCCAAGCUGUCCUCUCCAGCUCUCUCGGUGUCUGCCAGUGAUGGAAAUGAUUUUGGUUCACUCUUUGACCUGGAACAUGACCUCCCAGAUGAGCUCAUCAAUUCCACUGACCUGGGGCUAACCAACGGAGGGGAUGUUAGCCAACUCCAUACCAGCCUUGGCGGACUUGGAGGAGGGCUCGGUUUGGGAGGCCAAGAUGCAGCUGCAAAACACAAACAGCUGUCUGAGCUUUUGCGCGCUGGAGCACCAGCACAGCAGGGUGGCCCUACGUCCAACAGCACAGCAUCUGGGGCUUCCAUGGGGAUGAUGGGGAGUGUCACGGUCUCCCCUGGUGGACCACAAGGCAUGCCCCCCCAGGGCCAGCAGCAGCAGCAACCUGGUUUAAUGCAGCAGGUUGGGAUGGUUGGUGGGGUUGCAGCGAUGAGUCGGGCAGCUGCAAUGAUGGGUGUCCAGAAGGGCAACACUGGACAGCAGCAGCAAGGCCUGAUGGGUGGGCAGGUGAUGAAUGGCUCACCAAGACUGGGUUACCCUGGCAGUGCGGGCAUGGGUAACAACAGCAAUCUGUUGGCGGAAACCCUACAGCAGCAGCAGCAGCAAGGCAGUCAGCAAAUGGGACCCGGGGGUCAGGCAGGGAUGAGACCACAGCAACCCGGAGCACUAAACAAGAUGAAUAUGAUGGCCAAUGCGGGCCCCUAUGGUGGUCCGUACGGCCAGUCUGGCCAGGGGUUGCCAGGAGCAGGGCCGGGCCCACAGCUCCAGAAUAAGGCAGGCCUGCCCAACAACAUGGCCAACCAGUUUAACAUGGACAAGAAGGCCCCACCGGGUCAGGGCAUGCCUGGGAUGGCCUCUCAGCAGCAGCAGCCCGGAGCAGUUGGUGGCGUAUCCGUCAGCGGAGCAGCGGCAGUGGGAGGCGCCCAGGUUGGGCUUAAUGCCGUAGGGGCGGGUCCCGGCACAGCGCCCCCUACCGCAGACCCCGAGAAACGGAAGCUGAUUCAACAGCAACUGGUCCUCUUGCUCCACGCGCACAAGUGCCAGCGGAGGGAGCAGGCCAACGGGGAAGUGCGGCAGUGCAACCUGCCCCACUGCCGCACCAUGAAGAACGUGCUCAACCACAUGACUCAUUGCCAGGCUGGCAAGUCCUGCCAGGUGGCACACUGUGCCUCAUCCAGACAGAUCAUCUCUCAUUGGAAGAAUUGCACACGACAUGACUGUCCUGUAUGCCUGCCACUGAAAAAUGCUGGAGACAAGAGGAAUCAGCAGUCUCUUGUUAACAGUGCAGGAGUGGGUUUGGUGAACGCUUUAGGUUCAGGGGUGCCUGGUGGACAGUCCAACACUCCAAACCUAAACCCUCCCAACCAGAUUGACCCCAGCUCCAUAGAGAGGGCCUACGCUGCACUAGGCCUCACUUACCAGGGCAACCAGAUACUACAGCAAGCCAACAUGCCAAACCAGGGACUGCAGGGGCAGCCUGGGAUGAGGACUCUAAACACCAUGGGUGGAAACUCUAUGGGAGUGAAUGGUGGAGUUGGGGUGCAAUCCCCCAACCAGCAGUCCAGCCUACUGCCAAACGCCUUGUUGCAUAGCAGCAUGAAUGCACAGAGUUUGAUGAAUGAUGGUGUGGGGAACUUGGGCUCAAUGCCCACGGCAACUCCUCCUUCUGCUGCAGGGAUGAGGAAGUCCUGGCAUGAAGAUAUCACGCAGGACCUCCGCAACCACCUUGUCCACAAGCUUUUGUGCAUGUGUGAGAGUAGUGUGCAGGCAAUCUUCCCCACUCCUGAUCCGGCGGCCCUGAAGGAUCGGCGGAUGGAAAAUCUAGUGGCUUACGCUCGAAAAGUAGAGGGGGACAUGUACGAGUCGGCCAAUAGUAGGGCGGAGUACUACCAUCUGCUGGCAGAGAAGAUCUACAAGAUCCAAAAGGAGCUGGAGGAAAAGAGGAGGACACGACUCCAGAAGCAGGGCAUGAUGCCCGGCCAACCUGGCAUAGCCUCCCCAGGCCUCCCGCAGGUGCCUCCCAGCAUGGGACAGCCGCCUAUGGCCCCUGGUCAACCCCCGAAUGGUCCUCAUGCCGAUCCGUCCAUGGUCCGACCAGCUGGACCCAAUCAGAUGGUCAACCGUAUGCAGAGCCCACCAGGAAUGAACCAGUUUGGUCAGAUGGGGAUGCAGUCGAUGGGUCAGAGGUCUCCUCUUCCUCUUAAUGCUCCAAUGAACCAGAUGGGUAUGGGAGCAACGAGGAUGGGUCAGCCAAAUUCUUCACAGUUACAGAACCAGUACCUCCCUCCAGGCCAGUUUCCUGGGUCCAGUCCUGGACUUGGUUCUGGUCCUGUUGGCAUGAACCAGCCAGGAGCACAGACUGCUGUGCCACAGCAGAACCAGAUGUCAACGCCACCUUCGCUCCCAGUCAGCAGCCCUGCAGCACAGUCUGCCUCCUCUGCUCCAGGCUCAGCAGCCCCUGUAGGCUCCAUGGGGUCUGGUAGUGGCAGUAGAGCUGGGCCUCCGCCCAACAUGCCUCCAUCCUCCACCCCCACCCAGCCUAACUCAUACCCUCACUGCCCACCCAUCCGAACAAACUCCCCCUCACCGGCACGCAGCUUAACGCCUCAACCGCAUCAAACGCCCCCCACGUUACCUCGUUCUCAGACCCCACAGCCACAGACUCCCGGCACACCCCAGCUGCCCUCUCCACAGCAUCCCCAGCAACAACAACAACAGCAACAACAGCAGCAGCAGCAGCAGCAACAGCAGCUACAGCAACAGCAACAACAACACGCUUCACAGCAGCCAUCGGGGCAGGCGGUGAACUCUGAGAAGGCCAAUCAGAAUCCACAGCAGACUCUUGGGGGUGGGGCUUCCUCAGGCCCCCAAGCAGGUCAAGUUUCUUCGGUGCCUACCCAGAAUGCUCAAGUGCCAUUGCAGCAGCCGCAGACCCCCCUAUCCAUAAAGCCUUCUCUGACUGGUGAUGGUCAGGUGUCCUCCCCCGGCUCGGUCAGCAGCAGUGCAGAUCCCAACUCCCAGCUCACCCAGGUGGACGGCCCUGCUCCCAGCCAGGAAGAUGUCAAAAUGGAGGUGAAGAAGGAGGAGGACGACGACGAAGGGGCUGACACCGAAGGAGAGGGCAAGGGGAAGAUGGGCAAGGGUCAGCAUGAUGUGAAGGAGGAGAAACCAGAGGUAAAGAAAGAGAAGCCGUCAGGAGAUGGGUGUAAAGGCGAGCCCAUGGAUACAUCUUCAUUCUCAGCGUCAUCGUCGGUAGCAACGGGUGAAGACAAGAAGCCGGAGGUGAAGAAAGAGCCCAAAGAGGAAGAGGAGGGGUCAGGGUCAACAGCCAACAGCAGCUCUCCAGCUAGCGCUCAGAGCAAGAAGAAAAUCUUUAAGCCGGAGGAGCUGCGUCAGGCUCUAAUGCCCACCCUGGAAGCUUUGUACCGGCAGGACCCUGAGUCCCUUCCUUUCCGUCAGCCGGUGGACCCCCAGUUACUGGGAAUACCCGUACGUAUUCGAACUAGUAACAAAACUAACCUGGACUACUUUGACAUCGUGAAGAACCCCAUGGAUCUGUCGACCAUCAAGCGGAAACUGGACACAGGACAGUACCAAGAGCCUUGGCAGUACGUCGAGGAUAUCUGGCUGAUGUUCAACAAUGCCUGGCUGUACAACCGCAAGACGUCCCGCGUCUACAAGUACUGCUCCAAGCUGGCUGAGGUGUUUGAGUCUGAGAUCGAUCCCGUCAUGCAGGGCCUGGGAUACUGUUGUGGGAGGAAGUAUGAGUUUUCCCCCCAAACUCUAUGCUGCUAUGGAAAACAAUUAUGCACCAUCCAACGUGACGCUGCUUAUUUUAGCUACCAGAACAGUUCACCAAAAUAUGGGCUUCUUGCUGACAGGUACCACUUCUGUGAGAAGUGUUUCAACGAAAUCCAGGGCGAGAGUAUUUCCUUGGGGGACGACCCCUUGCAGCCUCAGACGUCCAUCAACAAAGAGCAGUUCCAACGGAAGAAGAACGACACACUCGACCCUGAGUUACUUGUGGAAUGUAAUGACUGCGGUCGUAAAAUGCACCAGAUCUGUGUCCUGCAUCAUGAUACCAUAUGGCCGUCGGGCUUUGUAUGUGACAACUGCCUCAAAAAGGCCAAUAAGACGCGGAAAGAGAACAAAUAUGCAUCCAAAAGACUUCCUCAGACCAAGUUGGGGUGCUAUUUGGAGACAAGAGUGAAUGAUUACAUCAAGCGGCACAAUCUCCCUGAAGCUGGCGACGUCACCGUCCGUGUGGUGCAUGUCUCAGACAAGGUGGUCGAGGUCAAGCCGGGCAUGAAGUCCAGGUUUGUCGACAGUGGAGAGAUGUCAGAGUCCUUCCCCUACAGGAUGAAAGCCCUGUUUGCAUUUGAGGACAUCGAUGGAGCGGAUGUGUGUUUUUUUGGCAUGCACGUUCAAGAGUACGGCUCAGACUGCCCGCCUCCCAAUCAAAGACGAGUGUACAUCUCUUACCUGGACAGCGUGCACUUCUUCCAACCUCGAGUCAUCAGAACUGGUGUCUACCACGAGAUCCUGAUAGGCUACCUGGAGUAUGUCAGGAGGCAGGGGUAUACAACGGGUCAUAUCUGGGCCUGUCCACCCAGUGAAGGGGAUGAUUACAUCUUCCAUUGUCACCCAGCGGACCAGAAGAUCCCCAAGCCAAAACGGCUGCAGGAGUGGUACAGGAAGAUGCUGGACAAGGCUGUUGCUGAGCGUAUCGUCCACGAUUACAAGGACGUCUUCAAGCAGGCAACAGAGGACCGGCUGACCAGUGCCAAAGAGCUGCCAUACUUUGAAGGUGACUUCUGGCCCAACGUACUGGAAGAGAGUAUCAAGGAGCUGGAGCAGGAAGAGGAGGAGAGAAAGAGAGAGGAGAACAGUACCUCCAACGAGAGCACAGAUAUCACAAAAGGAGACAGCAAGAAUGCCAAAAAGAAGAACAAUAAAAAGACGAGCAAGAACAAGAGUAGCAUGAGCCGAGCCAAUAAGAAGAAACCAGGGAUGCCCAAUGUUUCCAAUGACCUUUCCCAGAAACUCUACGCCACCAUGGAGAAACAUAAAGAGGUGUUCUUUGUCAUCCGCCUCAUUGCUUGCCCCACCGCCAACUCGCUGCCCCCCAUCACUGACCCUGACCCCCUCAUGGCCUGUGACCUGAUGGAUGGCCGCGAUGCCUUCCUGACUUUGGCCAGGGACAAGCACCUGGAGUUCAGCUCUCUCAGGAGGGCCAUGUGGAGCACCAUGUGUAUGUUGGUGGAGCUGCACAACCAGAGCCAGGACCGCUUCGUCUACACCUGCAAUGAGUGUAAACACCACGUGGAAACCCGCUUCCACUGUACCGUCUGCGAGGACUAUGACUUGUGCAUCACCUGCUACAACACUAAAGGUCACGAGCACAAGAUGGAUAAGCUGGGGCUCGGACUGGACGACGACAGCAACAACCAGGCAGCAGCAGCUACCCAGAGCCCCGGAGACUCUCGCCGUCUCAGCAUCCAGCGCUGCAUCCAGUCACUGGUCCAUGCGUGCCAAUGCCGCAACGCCAACUGCUCCCUGCCGUCCUGCCAGAAAAUGAAGCGCGUUGUUCAGCACACAAAAGGCUGCAAGCGCAAGACAAAUGGCGGCUGUCCCAUCUGCAAGCAGCUCAUUGCUCUGUGCUGCUACCAUGCCAAACACUGUCAGGAGAACAAAUGUCCCGUCCCGUUCUGUCUGAAUAUCAAACAAAAGCUGCGGCAGCAGCAGCUGCAGCACCGGCUCCAGCAGGCCCAGAUGUUGCGCAGGAGGAUGGCCAGCAUGCAGAGAGUGGGGCAGGCAGCCGGAGGGCCACCGGGAGGACCUGUAGGACUUCCAUCGCCAGGGAACAAUGGUACCACGGCACCCAGUACCCCAACCUCUGGUGGAACCCAACCCCCAACACCCCAGACUCCGACUCAGACCAUGCCUCCAGUCACGCAGCAGGGAAUGGGCUCUGGACCUGGAGUUCAGCAGCAACAGCAGUUGGGUGGAAUGACCCCACAAAGUGCCAUGCCUUCUCAACACCCCCUUCACCACCAGUUCCAGCAGAUGGCAGGUGGAGGAGGCGGGGCUGGAGGGAUAAUGAGCUCUCCCCAACAUCAGCAGCAGAUGCUUCCUCAGGGCCAGCAGCAGCAAAUUGGAGCCGGGACCAACCCCCAACAGCUCCAUCAGCACCCCAACAAUUUGCCUCCAUAUGCCAGCAGACCCCCGGGCUCCUCCCCGAUCCAUCAGUCCCAGGGCAAACCGGUCCUUGGCUCUGCAACACCUCCCCAGCAGCAGCUUGGUGGGAGUGUUGGGGGCCAACAGCCUCUGAGCCAGGGCCAGCCACAGCAACAACAGCAGCCCACCUCUGGCCCUCCACCGGCAGCAGUAGAAAUUGCCAUGAAGAUCCAACAGGUAGCCGAUGCUCAGAGGAAGAUGGCUCUUCAGAGACAAGCAGCUCAGGCAGCUGCCGGCUUGAUGCCUCCUCACCCUCACCAUCAACAGGGUCAGGGCCAACAGAUGGGCAUGGGGCACCCAGGGGCUGCAGGGAUGGCUGGAACCCAGGGUAUGCCUCCACAGACACAAGCAGCAGUGGCGGCUUCCCGGGCCCACAUGGAUCAACAACAAGGUGCUCCACCGGGCAUGAUGGUUGGCGCUGGUGGGCCCAUGCAGCAACCCCCUCAGCAGGGUAACCUGCCCCAGGGCCAUCUGCCCCCUCAGGUACAACUUCAACAGCAGAGGAUGGGUGUUCCACAUCAAAACCCUCAACAGCAGCAGCAGUGGUCAGGCCAGGGGAUGCCACCUCAGCAGAGGCAAACUAUGAUGAACCAAAUGAGCCAUCCAGCCAUGAUUGCAGCUCAACAGCAACAACAACAGCAACAACAGCAACAACAACAGCAACAACAGCAGCAGCAGCAACAACAGCAGCAGCAGCAGCAGCAGCAGCAGCAACAACAACAACAACAACAACAACAACAACAGCAAAUGCAACAACAGCAGCAGCAACAAGCUCAGGGCCAUGCUACCUUGAUGAAUAUGGUGCAGCAGCAGCAAGGUGCUGGUGGUGGGAUCCCAGGAGGGGCUGUCCCUGGAGUUACUGGUGUCCCCGGGGCUGGUGUUGCUGGUGGGAACAUCCCCCAGGCAGCCCUUCAGGAGCUGUUACGGACUCUCCGCUCGCCUAGCUCACCACUCCAGCAACAGCAAGUCCUCAACAUCCUGCGAUCUAACCCACAGCUCAUGGCUGCUUUUAUCAAGCAGAGGGCCUCAAAAUACAAGGGGGUUCAGGGGGGACCAGGUGGUGUACCUGGAGGUCCUGGUCCCACAGGGGGUCCUGUUGGUAAUGUCAUGGCAGGAGGGGGCCCACAGAUGAACAUGAAUGCUACAGCUGGCGGCCAGCCAGGGAUGCAUAUGGGGGGUCAGGGAGGGACAAAUGUCAACAUGACCACUAUGGCCCAGCUACAGCAAGUACAGCAGCAGCAACAGAUACAACAGCAACAACAACAACAACAACAACAACAGCUACAGCAGCAGCAACAGCAGCAGCAGCAACAACAGCAGCAGCAGCAGCAACAACAGCUACAACAGCAACAGUUACAGCAACAGCAGUUACAACAGCAGCAACAACAGUUACAGCAACAGCAGAGGCCGCUGAUGAGCAGUUUACAACAGCAGCAAGUGGCAGCUCUCCAGCAGCAGCAACAACAACAGCGGCAGCAGCAGCAGCAGCAAGGGGGAGGAGGAGUUAUGCAGGGCCAGGGGCCACAGAUGGGAAAUAUCAACAGUCCCCAGUUUAGAGAGCUGCUGAUGAGACGGCAUCUCCAACAGCAGCAGCAGCAGCAGCAGCAGCAAAUGGGAGUAAAUCAUGGUCAGUUCCAGCAGCCACAGCCACCACAGGGGCAAAGCUACAUGGGACAGCCUGGAAUGCAGCCUCCUACAGUGGGACAGGGACCACCUGGAGGUCCACCUCAUGGCCCCCAGCAGCCUGGUGGUCCCCCAGGCCAGCAGGGGCAGGGUUACCCUGGGUCGGUGACGCAGCAGCAGGUCACAGCUGCACUACAGCAGAGGCUCCAACACCAGCACCACCUCCAGAUGCAGCAGCAGCAGAAUGCCAUGGCUGGCCUGCCGGGGGGUGAUGCAGGGCCAGGUGGAGGAGGUGGAGGAGGUCCUCAGCAGCCACCUCAGGGCCCUCAGCCCACUCAAAGUGGCCCCCCACCUCCAUCUUCUCAGGCUCUGCUCCAACAGGCCCUCCACCAGAGGCUGCUCCAGCAGCAACAGCAGCAGCAGCUCCAGCAGCAGCAGCAGCAUCUGGGCCCUGGGGGGUCACCAGCCCAGCACAGCAAUCCCAUGAGCCCUCAGCAGCCACAGCAGAUGGCCCAGUCCCCACACCCACACCAACACCUGUCCACAUCGCUAGCUAACCAGGUGCGAUCCCCACAGCCUUCACCCAGACCCCAGUCCCAGCCGCCACACUCCAGCCCGUCCCCGCGCAUGCAGCCCCAGCCCUCCCCACAUCACAUCUCCCCCCAGAUGCAGACGGGUUCCCCACACCCAGGCCACCUGAACCAGCACCACCCGGGCAUGGUGGUCCCUCCACAGCAACAGCCAACGAGCCAGCAGCAGCAACAGAACUCUAUGGAGCAGUUUGGGUCGGACCAGAGCGGCAUGCUAUCUCAGCUGAGUGGCAUGGCUGGUCUACACGGGCCGGGGGGCAACGGUCAGGACCCGCUUGGCCAGAAUAUGAAUCACAACUCUUUAGACCUCAUGUAGGAAUUCUACUUAACGUGUCAAGUUGAGCUGAAACGCUCUGUGAUUCUUCGCACAAACUGCACUCACCCAGGACAGUGUUAUUGUUAUUACUUAGCCUUUCUUUUUUUUAUACUAUUAUUAAAUGUUAUUUAAAAUGUUCUCAAUAAAGAUGCAUUGAACUGAACUUCCUAUGGGAGAUGAACAAUAAAUCAAGCAGUCGUUAAAUAAAUUAGAAUAAAUGAAUUGUAAGUUAUUGCUGUUAAUAUAUUUUUUUGCCAAUUGUGGACAAAGAGGGGGAUGGUUUCUCUAGCACCCCCCCCCCCCUCACCCCCACCUCUUGCUGAAUACAAGAAAGGUGAUAUUUUCGGGGUUUUGGGGGUAAAUAGGAGUACUUUUUUUAAGAAAUGUUUUUAAGAUUUUAAAAGUGGUGAAGAAUUAAAGAUUAAAUGAUUUAAUGCAAAGAACCUUUUUUUUUUAUCUGUUUCGUUACACCAUCAUUCAAUCUAUUUGUUUUGCAGAGUGAUGUGGAUUAUUAUUAUUAUUAUUAAUGUAAAUCCAAACAUGAUGCAUAUCUUUUCUUUUUCUUUUUUUUAUGUUUGGGUUUGCUUUAUUUAUUUUCUUUUUUGGGGGGGUGGGGGUGUUAUGUUCCCUGAGACUGCUACAAUUCGUAUAGAAAUAUAUUUUUGUUAUGACGGGGGUAGUGGAUAUUUCAUUUCACUUUUAGAUGUCUUUAGUUGGGUCUGCCCACGUGGGAAUAAUGAAAUGUCAGUGUUUUAUUGCAGUGGUUGGGGGGGUCUGCUAUGAGUUUGACAUGUUGAACGGACAUUGGGACGUCCCGGCCUGCUUCUGUAUUGGACGUUGGUCGCGCUGGAAGGGACUCCUCCCUCGCAAACGUGCAAGCCCUCUCCCUCGAAUGUGUGUGCACUCCUUCCUUUUAAAGACCCUUAAUAUGGAUCAGUGGAGGCUUGGGGAGGGGGGGUGCAUACCUGUGUGCCUGAAACAUUUUGAGUACAUGGGCUGGGAUGUGAAAAAAUGGGUGGGGUGGGCUCCUUCUUAGUGUUUUUAGGAUUCCGCUGUUUGGCCAUAAACAGAGGAUUUUGAUCCAAAUGAACUGUGUUGCACAGAAAAGAGGAAAAAAAGGAGAUGUGAGCGGUCUGUCUCGGUCUCUUUCUGCCUCGUCCCCUUUGCUGCUCCCCUUGGACUUUUAAAUCCCCUACCCCCCCCCCACCCCCUCCUCUUCCUUCUUCUGGAGGAAGUUGCUCUCCCUCCCCCUCAAACUCCAUCCUCUUUAUCUUUCUGCUAAGAACUUUGGGAGUUUAAUUUAAUAUUUUUUACUGUACAAAGGAAACACAAACUGUGGACUCAAAUACUGUUUUUUUAUAAUAAAAUGAAAAUUACCAACA